GUACCCCUCAGUGACUAUCUGUUCGAGCUGCUGCUUAUAGGACACUCAGGAGUUGGCAAAUCAUGUCUUCUUCAGCGAUUUGUGGAUGACACCUACACAGAGAGCUCCAGGGCCACUGUCGAAGUCGACUUCAAGAUCAUCGAGAUGGAUGGGAAGACAGUCAAGUUACAGAUUUGGGACACAGCCGGCCAGGAGAGUUGCAGCACUAUGACUAGCCACUACAGACGGGCUCACGGAAUCAUCAUCGUCUAUGAUGUCACUCACCAGGAGUCUUUUAACAAUGUGAAGCAGUGGCUGGAGGAGAUUGAGUGCUACGCCCCUGAAAACAUCCCCAAGCUGCUGGUGGGGAACAAAAGCGACCUGGUCUCCAAAAAGGUGGUGGAUUUCAGCACCGCUAAGGAAUUUGCCACAUCACACAAUAUCCAGAUCCUUGAAACCAGCGUCAAGAAUGGCAGCAAUGUGGAGAUGGUCUUCAUCCACAUGACCUCUAAGAUCAAGAGGAGGGCUGACAGUGGCACUUUAAAGCAUUAUCAUGAGGACAUGGUCCCAAAAAUCAAAAGUAACCCAAUCAGGCUUGGUGGGAACCUGACCUACAUCUGUUGA